CAUCUUAUUUCACAUCCGGUUUUGCCCCCCUAUACGCACACACACACGCACGCACGCACGGGUACACGCGCGCACGCACGGACGCGCGCUCACGCGCACACACACACGCAUACAAGCACACACACAAGCGCGUGUGCAGCGGCAGCAGCAGUGUUCCGCUCUGUCCCGGUGGAGAGGAGCAUCACCGUGCACCGACACCGAGACGCGUUUUCCCGCAGAAACACCGCGAUCCUGCGGGUCCGAGAGAGAGAGAGAGAGAGAGAGAGAGAGAGAGAGAGAGAGAGAGAGUUUUAUCCCCGCGCAGACCUUCCUCUCUUCACCACCGUCAUCUCUUUAUCAUCAGCAUCCUCCUCACUCUCCUUCUCUUCAUCAACAGCAACAGCAACAGCAAAAGCGGUUUCUUCACGUCCUCCUUCUCCUCCACCUUCUUCUCCUUCACCUUCUUCUCCUCCUCCUGGUGCCUCGAUGUAAAAUCUGAAACUGAGAUAUAUUUUGGAGAUUUUUUCCGUCGCUGCAGAAGAGAACUCGCUUCAGAGCUGCGGGCUUGAAGACUCGUUCUUUGGGAAUGAUGUGGGCUCGACUGGGAGCCACGUGGAUCUGGGCAUGGUUAUUGGUGGUCGAUGUUCUGGGCAAGAGCUCCAAUCAGAAUGGAUCAGAUGAGCAGAAGGACAACACCACUGUCUUCACUCGCAUCCUGGACAGUCUGCUGGAUGGCUACGAUAACCGUCUCAGGCCGGGGCUGGGGGAGCGAGUGACUGAGGUGAAGACCGACAUCUUCGUGACGAGUAUCGGCCCCGUCUCCGACCACGACAUGGAAUACACUAUAGACGUGUUCUUCAGACAGAGCUGGAAAGAUGAGCGUUUGAAGUUUAAAGGGCCAAUGGCUGUGCUACGUCUCAACAACCUGAUGGCCAGUAAGAUCUGGACGCCUGACACCUUUUUCCACAAUGGCAAGAAAUCCGUCGCUCACAACAUGACUAUGCCCAACAAACUGCUGCGCAUCACUGAGGAGGGAACCCUGCUCUACACCAUGAGGUUGACGGUGAGAGCUGAGUGCCCCAUGCACUUGGAGGAUUUUCCCAUGGAUGCUCACGCCUGUCCACUCAAAUUCGGAAGCUAUGCGUAUACGCGGGCAGAGGUGGUGUAUGUGUGGACGAGGGGAGCGGCUCAGUCGGUGGUGGUGGCUGAAGACGGGUCUCGGCUGAAUCAGUAUGACCUGAUGGGGCAGACGGUGGACUCAGGAGUGGUUCAGUCCAGCACUGGCGAGUACGUUGUCAUGUUGACGCACUUCCACCUGAAAAGGAAGAUCGGCUACUUUGUCAUUCAGACGUAUCUGCCGUGCAUCAUGACCGUCAUCCUGUCACAGGUUUCCUUCUGGCUCAACAGAGAAUCCGUUCCUGCUAGGACUGUGUUCGGAGUGACCACCGUCCUGACCAUGACCACUCUGAGUAUCAGUGCCAGAAACUCUCUACCCAAAGUGGCCUACGCCACCGCCAUGGACUGGUUCAUCGCCGUCUGCUACGCCUUCGUGUUCUCCGCCCUCAUCGAAUUCGCCACUGUCAACUACUUCACGAAGAGAGGUUAUGCCUGGGACGGCAAGAGCGUCGUACCUGAAAAGCAAAAGAAGAAAAAAGAGUCUCUCCUGAAGAAGAACAACACCUACACGGCUGCCACGGCAACCACUUUCGCCCCCAACAUCGCUAGAGAUCCAGGACUAGCGACCAUCGCCAAAAGUGCACCUCCUCCACCAACCGAGCCGAAAGAAGAGCCGAAACCCAAACCGGCUGAGGCGAAAAAAACCUUCAACAGCGUGAGCAAAAUUGACCGGAUCGCCAGAAUAGCAUUUCCUCUACUGUUUGGUACCUUUAACCUGGUCUACUGGGCCACUUACCUGAAUAAAAAACCCAAAAUUCAAGAUGCUCUCACACCCCACUAAUCCCACACUCCUCACGUUCUUUUCCUUCUGGUCUCUUUUCUCCAAACGUCUCUUUCAGAGUAGAACAAAGUAGUGGUUGAGUCGCUAGUCUCUCUACUUCGCCUCCUGUGUAAAAUAAGCUUUACUGAUUAAAAAAAAAAAAAGAAAAAGAAGACAAAAAUCUGCACAAUGUGCUAUCUGCGUUGCCAUGACGAUUCCACCCUGAUGCUAACUCUGGGCAUCACUACCUGUAUAUAAAUAUAUACUGUAUAUAAACAGUAUAUAACUCCACACACAUACGGGACAUUUUCUUUCUCAUCACGCAUCACGACGCACAAGCCUUUUCCGUUUCCGUGACGAUGGUCGCCGCUACCUUUCGAGUGUUCUUCCAUUAUUCCGUAGUCGAUGUUUUCUAUUUUAAAUAGAUUUUUUUCGACAUUGCCAGAGCAAUAAAAUAAAAGACGUCUCAGUGGACACACUUUUGCUUUAUUCACGCCUGCAAACAAGGAAACGUUUCUUAUGCUAACGACACACAGCAUUACAUUUUAUUUAGUUUUACUGUAAAUAAUCUAGAAAACCUUAGAGAUGUCAGUCAUCCGGUUGAGAAGAAGAGAGCUGUGGUUGUUCUUUAAAACAACACUUUGAAGGUUUUUUAUUAUGUUUAUUAUUUAUUUAUUUAUUUAUUUAUUUAUUUAUUGUCUGUUAUAUUUUGGCUAAUAGGUUAACAAGGUAAAUACUAGCAAGCUACAAAACAUUAGCCGAAUGGUUAAAGGGGCGUGUCCUAAGCGCUAAAAACCAACAGAUAUUAAUGUUUAUGCAAAACAAAAAUAAAAUUCCCGCAAUGUGGACGCCGAUGUACUGAAGGAUGUGAAACGGAUUGUGUUUAUGUGUCACUUUGUGCCCACAGUAAUGAGGUAAACAUACGCUUUCAUGAUUCUUGGUCCCGUGAGCCAAUGGAAAGCAAGGGGGCGGGACUCCGGUUACUGAUCAUUACGCAUCACAGCGAAAAAUUCAGCACGUCAUUAACGUUACUGAAAUCACUUAAACACGUACACGUUUCCAGCUGCAGUGUCAGAUGUGACAGACUUCAUGCCUUUGGAUCUAUUUUGUGACAUCACAAAGUCAUGCUAAGCCACGCCCUCUAAAACAUGGAUAAUAAACCAAAAACCAGUUGAAGUGAAAUAUUUAAUGGUCACAUUUUUUAGGAAAUAGCCGACACCCACAGGUGAGAGCAGCUGUCACAUGGUUUGUCACAAAGUAGUCAAAAUAUAUGAAAAUCAAGUGGGUAACUUGUAGGCGUGGCCUAUUUGAUUUAUCCGAAAAGCAAACAAUUGCUUCUAAAUGAACAAUUAACCUUUAAAAAAGCCUUCAAAGAGAAGUUAUUACCAAUAUAUUUGUAAGCGGAAUAAGCCACGCCCACCUAAACCCGACCUCCUCUCUUGCUAGUGUGAACAGAAUCCUGGGCUGCUGGUAGAAUUAGUGCAUAUUGUUUUAGUAUUGAAUCCUGAAUGAAUUCUCUUUUCUUUUCUCGUGUUGCCUGUAGAGCUGCAUGCUGAACGCCUCCUCGUAUCGUAGAUUGUUCCGGAACUCAUUUUUGUCGCUCUUUAAAUGAAUGCGAACCAAUCAAGCGCAAAAAGCGAUGCCUUCUCUUUUCGCUUGGAUUGGUGAGGCACUCGCUAGGUGGCGCUAUGUUCUCGAUGUGUUCAGGCUUCGGUUGCAAAUAAAAAAAAAAAUGUAAAAAGAAAGAAAGAAAAACUCAGAAAGCACCAGCUACACUGCCUCCUGCCUCGCACGCUGCUCCAGAAUCGGCGUUCCUCUGUUCCCAUUUUCCUCGUUCCGCAUCACUCGCUCUAGAACCCUAACCGCAUUGUGCUGUACCGUAGAGUCGCCCCCCGUUUAUUCCUUUACUUAUAUAUCUGUUCAUACUUAUUCUUAUUAUUAUUUCUGAGAUUUUUAUGUAGCAUGAUGUCAGAUAAUAAAUGCUUUUCGGUUUUGGUGUUGUGAUUAUUUAGGAGAAAAAAAUCACGUUGAUGUAGCAAUAUGAGAAUAGCAAAAGGGCUUUUUCACGAUCGAACACUCGUCAUCCUGGACAUUUGCACAUUUUUUUUCUCUCAAACAGACAGAAACUCGCUCGACACAGCGAUAUCUAAUCAAUCAAUCAAUCAAUCAAUCAAUCAAUCAAUCAAUCAAUCAAUCAGUCGAUCCGUAAACACAUCUGCAUUUUUUGCGACGCCACAGCCUUCGUUUCAGAUGCACUUCCUUCCUUCCUUCCUUCCUUUCUUUCUUCCUUCCUUCCUUCCUUCCUUCCUACUUCUAUCCUAAAAAUCUUUUCAUUUUCCGUGCAUCAAAUCAGAGCAAAAUCGGUCAUGUGACUUGAGGUGAAAUGCACUCUGGGAUUUGUAGGAUAUGCAAAGCAGACAGGAAGUCCAUUAAAGUAACUUUGUACAAAAAUGAAUAUAUAUAAAUAUGAUAUACAUUAUAUACAGUAUAAAAACAUUUCCGUUCUGGAUGUUUAUGUCUAAUGCCAGGUGUGUGUCCUUUUCGGGGGAAAUGAAAUCUACAUAUAAAUAUAUAAAUAUAAAUAUUAUACAGUAUAUUACUCUAUACUCCAACACGGCACAUAUAUAAAUACUUCAUGACUUGUUCUACAGAGAAUAAAUAUCGUUUGUACCGACUUAUUGUUAUGCAUUUUGCACAUGAUAGAGGCAUCAUUUACAUAUUUACAUAUUCACGUAGUGAGCUUUGUGCUAUGCAAGGAUAGCUUCGGAAACAUGCUAAUUAGCUUUUUUUCCUCUUUAAUAGAGCAAAAAAAAUAUAUUGUACAGGAAAUAAAGAACUCUAUUAUGCUCCUUCUUCAGAUGUGGAUAUUUUUAUUUGCUAGUCAAUUAAGUAAAUAAAUAUGUAAUAGAAAUAUCAAUAAUACAUGAUUUACUUAUGAGUUUUGUUUUGUACAGUUCCAGGGUUCACUUACAUCUGGCUGCAGUUUCCAUAGUUUUGUUGUUUUUUGUUUUUGACGGCAAUAAAAUAAAAAUAAAGACUCAAGAUGC